AUGAACAAAGAGUUAAAUACUAUCAUAAUGACGGAAAUGGAUCCAUAUACUGACGUGGUAGAGCUUUGCGCGCUGCUACAAUGUCUGGGCUUUUCCAUUAAAUCUCUAGAGACAAGUGACGGCAACGUAAGUCAAGAGGGUGGCGUUAGGACUGUCGUCAUUAAUUGUCAGGCAUCGGGUCUCCACGUAGUCCUGGAAAGCAAUAAUGUUUCUUGCUCCUGCCCGGCAAACAGUCAGCAACAAAAUAGUGGUUUUUGGCAAGUGUCAGGAACUAAGGGAGGAAAACAACUUGACAAGGAGUAUGGCAGUUCCGUUCUUGGGUCUCUACCUAAAGCAUAUCGCGAACGCUUAACAAAGGAAUUGCUGGAUAUUGUGCGUUGCAUUAAGGAGAAUAAUGAGUCAGACUUGGAAAAGCCAAAGGAACGGGAAUCGCUGGCAAAUAAAUCAGCAAGCAUGACCGAACUGAAAACUCCAGAAAAGCAGCUCUUUCAACUACCAUCGGGUACGCCAACUCGAUAUCGUUCCCUGGACACACUGACGACAGGUAAAGAAGUUACCGAUGAAAAUUUGCCAGCACCUGGUCUAUUGCAGAAACAUAUUUCUGAUAAAUCCUCUACCGAUACCAACGAUCAGGAUAAUAAAAAACUGAUGUGCCAGAGCCAGAGGCAGAGUACGUACACGUUGUCGUCGACUCCCGAAAGCAUUAGACAGCGUAAUAAGACGUCAAGUCCCAUUCAAGGCGCAGAAAGUAAAAUAUUGGAAAAUCUUAUAUCCGCUGAGAAAGCUGCAGAGGACCUUCGAAACAAAUUAGCUAAUAUCGUUAAACAAAUAAAUGAAGAUGGAAAAAAUGAUUCUUCAAUGUGUUCACUAGUUUUGGACGUUUCUAAAAUAUCUGUGCUAAAGGGUGCUGAAACAUCGAAAGCGCAGUUCGCAUCAAGUCCAAAUCUUUCGGCCUUAGGAAGCGGCAUAGAAGACUUUUCUAAAUCAAGGCUCAAGCGGAUAGAGAGCGCAUCCACUUCCAAUUUAAUAACUGAUAAGCCUACUUCGAAAGACGGAAAGAUGUCAAAGCUUCGCCGAAUCUCACCAAAAAUGUUUAAUUUAAAAAAAGACACUUACGCCGUUUCCAAAAUUGCGACAUCCCAAGAAAACAAAAGUGGCAAAUUAAACGCUUUGUUUAAACCGAAAAUAGUAACGCCAGUACGCGUUCCAAAAGUGAGUCUUGAACCGAGCCCCAACCUUAGUGCUUCCAGAAAGAAGUUCAGUCACGUCAAAUCUACUAUACCUAGACCGGCUGCUAAAAAGGAAUAA